CCUUUACUCCUCGUCGCUUGCUUUAAAAGGGAGAUCCGGGCGGUCUGGUCCCAUAUAUUCCAAACUCCCCGGUGCUUCCCUAAGCCCUCUUCUGUCUUUCAAGAAUCCGAUCGGCGCCAGCGAGCGAGAGAUCUCCUCUCCCUCUCUCUCUCUCUAUAUCUCUCGUUCUCUGCUCUUCGAAUCGGAUCGGAGUUCUCUCCGUGUAGAAGAUGGGGUUCGUGUCAUUCGCCGGCAGAGUCCUCUUCGCCUCCGUCUUCCUCCUCUCCGCGUACCAGGAGUUUAAUGAAUUUGGAGUUAAUGGUGGGCCAGCAGCAAAGGCUCUUGGGCCAAAAUUCAACCUUUUCAUGAAACAUGUUUCAACCCAUCUUGGGGUAGUAGCACCACAUGUUGAGAUGAAACAUGUUGUUGCUGCUACCAUAUUUCUGAAAGGGCUUGGAGGCCUUCUGUUUAUCUUCAGCAGCUCCUUUGGAGCUUAUCUCCUGCUUCUAAACCUGGCAUUUAUUACUCCUGUGGUGUACGACUUCUACAACUAUGACAUGGAGAGGCCAGAGUUUGUGCAGCUUUUCAUCAAGUUUGCUCAGAAUUUGGCUCUCUUCGGUGCACUACUCUUUUUCUUGGGGAUGAAGAACUCUAUCCCAAAGCGGCUGCCCAAGAAGAAGGUUCCCAAAUCAAAAACAAAUUAAGUUGAAAAGUUGAUGGUUCAUGCAGCCUAGGUUGGUCGGAGUCAGGUAAUUUUCGAGUCUACACGAAUUGAAAGCUACAACAGCCUUGUCUUCCUCAUACUGUUCUUAACAUGUAUCAUGUUUCAUUAUGGGGAGCACCUCCAUUUUGAUAUAUGUAUGGCGGAUUUAGGUUUUGUGUUUCUAUUGUAUUUUCGUUCCUAGAGGUUUGAUUCAGAGUCUAUAACUCUUUUUUAUCUUGGUUGAAACUUUACGUAAUUUAUUUUAAUUUAAUUAUAGUGUUCAAAUUGUUUUUGUUACUCAAUUCGACAUUGGUCUAAUUUUAAAACAAGUUUCAUGA